GUAUCAUUCUUUAAAAUGGCGGCGAAAAGUGGUGGUAAUGACGAGUGGUUCUCGGCUAUAAAACCAAUACUAGUCGCAUCGUCUGGUUCUUUAAAUAAAAAUAGCGUUAUAGAACUUAUAAAGAAUAUCGUGAAAAAUGAGAAUAAAUUUAUUACACACGAAGAACAGUAUGAAACAUUCUACACGUCUGUCGCUGCUCUUUCUGCAGAGUACAUUAGUAACUUUGCUAAUUCCUAUGUUAAAAGUCAAAUACCAACGGUAUGUCAAGCAUGCAAGAUACUACUUCAGUAUCUUGUCGGCGUAUUACGACAACAACAGACUCAUCCUGGAGAUGCUAAUGCAUCAACGGUUGUAACUACUAAACAGUUACUUUUACCGAUACGUGCUUUAUGUACUGGUCAAACUUUACUCUCAUCAACAGAAGAAACAGCAUUGAUUACAGCAAUACAAAAUGCUAAAGUACCUUCCCAAGUCAAAUCUCCACAAUCUGGAAAAGAAAAAGAUACUUCUACGCAGUCUGUGAAAGAGACAAAACGUACGCAUAGCGAUUUAUCCAGCAGUAUUCUGGAGCAAUUAACAAUGCCAUUACAAGAUUUUGCGCAACCUGUAUCCUUUAUCACUGAAAAUUUUGCUGAAGGUACUAAUAAAAACUCAACCGAUACUACAAAUAAUGAGGCUCAUACAGAAACAAAGAUGAUGUUUAUAGCAAACAAUAUAAAUACUCUUCAGAGUAUGGGUGCAGGGGAUAUAUUGUUGGAUAUGUGCGCUAAUCUUCCCCAUGUAUCGAGAUACGCUCGCAAAUACCAAAUAUAUUUAAAUAAAAAAAGUUUUAGUUUACCAGCAAAUGCUUGCGACGCUCAUAUAAUACGUCACAGCUUGCAUUUGGUAGUUAACGACAUAAAUAUCGUGCAUAGCGUAUUAUCAUUACCUGUCUUUGAACCAUUGACUCACGUAAAAUUAGAAAAAUUAUCAACACUAGCUAUGUCUUGUUUGUAUUGCUCGAUUACUAAUGCUGCCGCAUCAAGUAUCGUUGGAAUUACAAAUGCCGUAUCUCCUAAAUGCAGUACCAAUACAUCUGGAAAUGCUCAAGCUAGUCAAAGCACAAAAAAUGCAGAGGAUGCAGGCAGAAUUCAGGAAGAAUACGAUGCCUUAGCCAUAACCGUUGUGGAAAAAAGUUUAGAGAUAUUUGGAUUAGUUUCAAAUAUAAUUAAAAACAGUACACGUGCCGGUGGUCAUAUUCUUCAAAAUCAUCUAUUGAUCGGAGUUUGGUUAUUAGUUGCUGGCUUGCAAGCUCAAUUAUCAGUAAGCAGUUUUAGUGCAGCAGAUAAAGCAAAAGAUGAAAAAGGAAAAUCACCUAGCAAAGCCAGAGAUGGAACUGGUCGUGUAAACUUGAUGAAAGUUCAACAAGGAUUUGGAGUAUUGUCUGUAGCAUUGGCGUCACACGCAUUAACCUUGAUGAGUGCUCUUCUCGAAGAUGUAUCUAUAGAAGCUAGUACAGAUUCCUCCUCUCCUGAGCCAGCACCAUUAGAUAUUUUGUCUACUGCUACUGCACUUCAAAGAGCAGUUACAUUCCUACAAGCUGUACCUCUCAAUCACUUACUAUUUUAUUUAGCAACUAUUAGUUACAAAAGGGCUUGUACAUUAAAAAGAAUACAGAAACAUCCUUUAGAGGGUGACACUUUAAGUCAAUCCGACUCUACCACAUAUUAUGAUGAUCUUUUGAGUUGUUCAGAAAACUCAACGGAUGAAGAACAAACUGUUAUGUCGGUAGAGGAGGACAGCGAACCUAUUUUGGGUCUUUGGUUUGAGGAAACUCUGGCUCCUUCCGAUGGGCCACCUGCAAAUGCCAUUAAAGAACCAAGCAAUGAAGCAAGUGCUGAACACACUGCAAUUAUUAUUGUUCCGGAUAAUCGUGAACCGCACGGUUAUAUUUCAUUGGCAACGAAAAUUUUCCAAUUUAUGAAUCAACAUUUAAUUGGUAGUAGAAGUGCAUACGUUCGUGAAUAUGUUGUCAAUGGAUUAGUAGAACAACAAAUAGUUAUAUUGGCAGCAAUAAUAAGAGAUUUGGAUCAUGAAACUGCUAGAACCGAAACAGGAACUAUUUCAGUAUUCUAUGGUCCUACCUUAGGCGCAUUAUAUGCUGAAUUUUCACAAGCUUUGAGUUGCUAUACUCAUAAUUUACUUGCACAUAAUACAUUAAGCGAAAGUUUACAAAAUACUUUGCUUCAACAUCUCAGUGUUAAUCCUUGGUCAAUUGAAACUAGUACAACUUCUACUUGGCCCUUACAAGUGUAUCCCAGAACGCUCAGUGUUUUAGCGCAGGUAUUAUUAUUAAAACCUCAAGCAGAGAAAGAAGCUGCUUGUAUAAGUAUAUGGCAUAGAUUGGUAACGACCUUAGUCGAAAAUGUAUGUAAUCCACCAACAACAUUUGAAGCUGAAAAUGAAGAUUUAAAUGUUGAGCACGCGCAAUUAGUGUUAUUUUUAUUUCAUUGUCUGAAUUUAAUGCAAAAGAAGUCGGUGUUACUUUUAACUGGCAGUGGUGCAGUUCGUUGUAGCGAGGCUGUUAAAACACCAAUGAAAGAUUAUCAAUUAUUGCAUUUAUCACGUUUGUUACUUUUAUUGGAAUAUCUUAUGGAACAUCUUUAUGAUGCACCUCCUACAUUGCUUGAACAGGUACAAUGGAAUCUAUUUUCUGCGACAAGUUUAGUUUCCGAUGUUAAGGAUGGUAACAAACAAGCAUCCAGAAUAUUUACACCAUGGAUAGAAAUUGAAGACAACUACCGUAAAUUUUGCUCACAAGAUGAAUUUUCUAUGAAGCCUCGUUUUUAUAAUUUAUCCACUGCUGAUUUUAAUAAUCAAGAUACACCUAAAUUAGAUGGAUUGGCUUGUAAUUUCAUUUUGGGUACACCGGACAAAAUGAAAUAUCCACUAUUAGUAGACGCAUUGAUAGAUAUCCUUAAUGUCUUGAUGCAGACAGAUAUGCCCAGAAAAACAACAUCCGAUAGUAAAGAUAAAAUGACAUUUACUGGAUUAUGUGGUAUUCAAUAUUGUUUCUCAAUAUGUUGGCGAUUAUUAUUAAUGUUGCCUCCUUCUACACCAUAUAUGGAUAAACUUGCUCUGGGUGAAGAGAUACCAGCUGGUCCAAUGUUACUUCAUUCUUUGAUCUGGGGACCUAGAACUGCUUAUAAAACUUUUACUGGCUGGAUGAAAGACUGCUUAGUCAAGCAAGGAAUAUAUACGCAGUAUGCUGAAAAUUUACUAAAAACGGUAUCAUCAACCGUGAAUUCGCUUAAAUAUGAUAUUACGCUUGCCAAAAAUUGUAUUACGUCUUUAAAACCAGAUAUAGGUACUGACGCUAAGAUAAUGCCAAAAGAGUCAUUACCAAAACUUAGCUCCUUGUGCAUAUUAGCUGCCAUUAUUGGCAAGUUACAAGUUCUUAUGGAUGAAAGUAUAUCCAAGAGUCCUACCGACAAUAUUGAAGCUUCUAAGUGUUCGCAAAUUUCUGAUUUCAACUCGUCAAAUUUGAAUAAAAUAAUAGUUGAUAUUUUGCCGCAUUUUCUUUCAUUAACAGAAGCUAUUUUACGAUCCUGUCAGUCAAGCAUACUAUAUCAAAUGCUCGAUUCUUCGGAUGUACAAAGCAAGUACAAUUUGCAAGAUUAUUUGAUAAUUGACAAUGUUAUUUGUAUAGCAGGUGCUAAUUGGGCAGUAGAUUCAUCAUUAGUAACGUACUUACCCAAUAAUGUCAGAUCCAUCCUAGAUAAAUGGAAAUCUAUUAGUGUUGCACACGUUCCAUGGAAUACGUAUGCUAACGAUAUAAUACCUGCUGAGAGUUACAUUUUAACAACAGUGAAUCAUCAUAUCAACUCGCUUUCUGAAUAUCCUACAUUUUCUAUUAAUCCAUCUUUGAAGAAUCUGCUUCAUUCUCUUAUCACAUUUAUGAUGGAAUAUGUAACUCCUACGACGGUGCCAGAGCAGUCAGAUGUACACACUCAGGCUGUAAAUAUAUUAAUUUCUUUAACGAUGGAUGCGCGCAUGCAAUAUCUUCAAGAUAUGUCAGGAAAAAUCUUAACCAAACUGAUAGGAGAUAACGACAGUGAGGCACGCCAAUUACAAGAACAUUUAUUUGUAUUAAACUAUACAAACAAUUUAAUUAUUGAAUACACAAGUAAUACGGAUGAAUCUAUUGGCAUAUCCGUUGAUGAAAAGAUUCUCAAACGUUGCAUUAAGUAUUGGGAAGAUUUAUUGGAUAAACAAGUUGGACGUAAAGCCUUAGAUUUAUUUUUUGCACCAAACACGAAUCAUACUCUCGUGGCUGUUUUGUUAUCGAUAAUAUCGCCACGACUAACUCAACAAUUUAGUACUCACGUUUUACAUUUUUUCAAUGCACUUUUUAAAGUAGCAGAAAAGGGACACGACGAAGCUGUGGAACGACUCUGUAAGUCUGUUUUAAACAUUACUAACAUCCCUAGUGCAAAACUUCAAACAUGGUUACGACAUAUCAUUCUUGGAGUAUCCAACGCAUCGCCGAGUGCAUCUUCUACAAACAUUCAAACGCCUACAGUAGUUACUGCAAACUCGUUGGUAGCUGCAACAGGUAGCGCAGAAGAUGGCCAGAAAGUGGAAGAUGUAAACAAUGCGUCCAAUAGCGAACAAGUUCAGUGGGCAAUUUUAUUAUCCGAUGGAUCUGUUAAUAGUAAUCAAGUAACAAAUACAAAUGAAGACCAACAUUCGGUACAUGAAAAUAGCAGAUUCUUAUGUGCGCUUACAAAUUAUAUUGUGAAAGAAAGAAGUGCAGCGAAUGAAGAAGUGGCAGUGACUAUACUACAGGCGCUUAUACCAUUGGGAUAUCAUAUUUUAUCUCCUGCAAUCGAAGGCAAUGGUUUCUCAGAAUUGAUGCACAUUAUGUCAACUUUGGCCGAUGCCGGAUCUGAGAAAGGUUAUAUAAUGUUAUUUAAAGCUACAACAGAAUGGGUUGAACUCUGCAAAGAACAAUUAAUGAAUAAAGAUCCACAAACUUUGGACAAGUCGUCGCCAUAUAUUGAAGGUGGUUGUUGUAUGUUAAAUUAUAUAGCCGACAUAGCUAAUGCAGUUUGUCCGCCGCAAAUACAAGCAUUGGAUCGAGCUACUAGCCCACCUUGGGAAGGUAUUACACCGAUCAAUGAUAUUAACGAUAGCGAUUGGUUGGAUGAAAUUCCGCACGAAGAAGAUGACAGUGCAGUAGAAGAUUCUGACGAAGAUAGUCUUUGCAAUAAGUUAUGUACUUUUACAAUCACUCAAAAGGAGUUUAUGAAUCAACAUUGGUAUCAUUGUCAUACUUGUAAUAUGGUCGAUGGAGUUGGUGUUUGCACAGUUUGUGCCCGUGUUUGUCAUAGAGGACACGACGUUACAUACGCGAAAUAUGGAAAUUUCUUCUGCGAUUGCGGCGCCAAAGAUGACGGAUCUUGUCAAGCAUUAAUAAAACGUAGUCCCCAAACGUCAGAACAUCAAGCAAGCAAUAAUGCGUCGUAUAAUAGCAUGGGAGCACCUGUAGAGAGCAAUGCACUUCUUACCAGUAGUUUAAGACAAAAAACUUCAAGUCCUAUACAUUUUUACGAUAAACACGAGAGAGCUGGACGUGAUAAACAAAAGCAAGAGCGUUUAGCGAAACAACUCGAAAGUUCCAAAGAGUGGGUGCAAUCACAUUUAUGGAAAAGUGGAUUGGUCUCGUCGUUGAUGGAUUUAAUUUAUGCAUUGAUACCUGCAGUAGACGCUUGUUGUCAACAAAAUUCACCAGUUGGCUGUCAUGCACGAGCACAGAAAGCUCUUAAGCAAUUGCAUACUUUGGAAAAGAAAUUUGAACAUACUAAUCAACUUAUGUUACCAACAUUAGGAUCUCAGGAAGGUGCUUUUGAAAAUGUGAGAAUGAAUUAUUCGGGUGAUCAAGGACAGACCAUUAGACAACUAUUAUCGGCACAUAUGAUACGACGCGUUGCUAUGUGUUGUUUAUCAUCUCCCCAUGGUAAAAGGCAACAUUUAGCGGUUUCCCAUGAAAAAGGAAAGAUAACUGUAUUACAGCUCAGUGCUUUAUUGAAACAAGCUGACUCUUCUAAGCGAAAACUCACACUAACCAGAUUGGCAUCUGCUCCGAUUCCUUUUACUGUGCUUUCAAUAACGGGAAAUCAAUGGAAUGAAGAUUUCUUAGCAGUUUGUGGUUUUAAGGAUUGUCACGUACUUACUUUUAAUAGCUCUGGAACAGUAUCUGACCAUUUAGUUUUGCAUCCACUACUUGAAACUGGAAACUUUAUUAUAAAAGCUCUAUGGCUUCCCGGUUGUCAGACUCAAUUGGCAUUAGUUACAGCAGAUUUUGUUAAAAUUUAUGAUCUUGCUAAGGAUAUACUAAGUCCUCAAUAUUAUUUCCUAGUACCAACUGGCAAAAUAAGAGAUUGUACAUUUAUACACGCGGAAAAUGGAGUAUUCCAUUUAUUACUUAUGUCCUCUGUAGGAUAUAUUUACAGUCAAGCGAUGGAUGGAGAAAGUUUAGCCAAAGAUGGGCCAUUUUAUGUAACUAAUACAUUAGAUGUUUAUCAUUCAGAAAUUAAAGAUAAUGGACAAGUUGGAGGUGGUGGCGUAUCUAUUUAUUACUCUCACGCAUUGCAGUUACUUUUCUUCAGUUAUGCCUGUGGAAAAAGUUUUAUUGCACCUCUCAAAAAUACUGAUUCUGACAUUACAGUCGUAUUUCAAAUAAAUCUUAGUAGUAAUAAGACAAACGGAAAUAAAUCUAAUAACAAUCAGCCACAGCCUCUUUGUCAAUGGAGCGAAGUUGUCAACCAUCCUGGAUUAGUUUGUUCUGUUCUACAAACAAGUAACAAUCCUGUUAUAUUAAUGAUCAAGCCAGAUGUUAUUAUGAUCCAAGAGAUUAAAGUCUUACCGGCGAAAGCCAAAAUUAUGGAUAUGGUUGCCAUCAGACAUCCAAGCUCAAACGCGGAACAUCGUACAACAUUGAUUUUGUUAUGCGAAGAUGGAAGUUUAAGAAUUUAUAUGGCUGGAAUGGAACAAACAGGAUUUUGGAUGUCAUCUGCAAUACAACCUAAUUGUACGAUGACAGGAAUCAAGCCAGCGAGAAAAAAGAAAACAAAUAAAACAACUAAACCAACAGGCUCUGUUACAUUCCCUAUAGACUUUUUUGAACACUGCCAAGUUAUGAACGACGUUGAAUAUGGCGGUAACGAUCUUUUACAGAUUUAUAAUGUAGCCCAAAUCAAGCAUCGUUUAAAUACAACUGGAAUGUACGUUGUUUCUACGAAAGCUAUGGGUUUUAACGUAGAAGUUACAAAUAACGACGCGAUUCUAGUCAUGACCGGUAUAAGAGUGUUACUUGGAAAUCAAGAUAUUCAGAGGGCACCUUUAUUUGUUGUAGUAUUUGGUAGAACUAUACGAACUACAUUGACCAGAAGUCGGUGGUUUGAUAUUCCUUUAACGAGAGAAGAAAGUUUGUUAGCUGAUAAAAAAUUGACUAUCACUUUUGGCCCUUCUCAAGAUUCCGAAGGUGUCAUAAUGGUUGACUCCAUUAAAAUAUAUGGAAAAAAUAAAGAUGCAUUUGGUUGGCCAGAAGAAACUGAGGAAAUUUUACCCGGUGGUCAAUCCACAUCAGCACAUAUACCUGCUAUUAGUAGCGAAGCAGACAAUACUAUUGUUUCUCCAGCACCUCUAUCUUCUAUCGACAGAUUGACAAAGGACAAUUCUGUCAAUGUAGAAAGGAUGGUUUCGAGCAUCCUGGAGGUUUUGGAAUUGUCAUUUAAUUUAUCCACAAAUGAUGAUAAUAAGUUACCAUUAUUAAGAACAGCAGCAGUUGAUAUGGCAUCACGACUUUUGGUGUUACCAACACCUCCAUUAGUGCAAGUGAAUACAACGGCCCUACUUGCUGCCCUAUACAGUUCCAAACAAAUGUAUCACUUCCAUAAAGAUCAGGUUUUACUUUCUCAUGUACUCGAGACAUUAAAAACAAUGAGAGAGAUUGAGGAUUCACGUGAUAUAGAUGCAGAAAAUUUCUACAGACUUGUACUUAUUGUAAGAGGAAUUGCUAUAUGCAGGGCAAACAAUCUCGCCAAAUUUGCAGAACAAUAUACCAAUAAACCCAUGGAUGAAAGUAAAAUACCCAUUUUUGAAGCUGAUCGUUCGAAUAUGAAAAGUCUUACAAGCGCAGAUAGCAAUCAACAUUUAGUCAUACAGCUUACAGAAGUUUUAUGGCUGUUACAUGCUGCAUAUCCAAAGAACAUGGCUCUUGCACCAGUCGUAGUUCCAGGAUUAACGCAUACCGAAGCAACGGUUCAUGCACUCGUUGAAAUUAUUCAUGCAUUUACUACAUGCGACGUGGAUGGCAAUACACCUCUAGCUGCAAAAUUAUAUUUGCAAUUACUAUUGUCUUCAGAUACAACAAUUAGUUUCAGUGCUAAGCAUGCUAUAAUAAGAGUACUAAGACCGAGAUAUAAAAGGAGACGGGUAUACAUACCGAGUCCACCUAAUUGCAAUACUCCAGGUACAGCUGUAGAAGCGGAAGAGCCAUCUGCUCCAGCGACUUCUCGUCCAUCGCAAAGUACCGCGCCACGAGAACAACCCGAACAACAAUAUCACGUUGAAGCUGUAGAUCAAGUAGUAGCACUUCUUGGAGCAAUUGCUAAUCAAGGUCCUGCCGAUGGAAGAGCUAAUCCUCUCGAAGCAUUCCUUGGACCUGGUAGUUUACAACAAUUGCUUCGUAUUCCUCCUGAUGCAGACGAAACAGUCGUUCAGAUCGCAAUUGCAUUAAGUUUGGAAGAUCACGAAGAUUCGGCCGAUAUAGAAACUCUAAGACAAGGUUUUGAAACUUUACGAAAUUUAGGUGGAUCUAUCUUCCACAACAUACAAGCUUUGGCUGCUCAGGGAAUGGUUCAAUCUUUAAAUACAGCUCAGGGUCAUGAAGGAGGUCAUUAUUCUGAUACGACUGCAUCUGCUGGUGGUUCGGAUGACGAAGGAUCAACAGCUGCUACCGAUGGCAGUACUUUAAGAACGUCACCAGCAGAACAAGGUGGCAGUCGUGGUAGCAAAGGUAGUGAAAGCAGCGGAAGCGAAAGUGGGGGAAGUGCCGUUGAUAGCAUGGCAGGAGAGCAGAAUGUUUCAGGAAGAAGUUCUGCCUAUGGCGACAAUACAGCUACCGAUGCAACUCCGGUUGGAGUUAGUAGUAGUACUAAUCAAGCAACACUAACUGAAACUACUUCUGUAGGCGCUACCGCGUCUGUUACCACAACAGAACAAGAAUGUACCGAACAAGAACAAACUAAUGAACAAGAAUGCGAUACGAGUGUGGAAGGAGCAACGAAACUUCACUCCAUACAACUUUUAUUAUUGGAUAAACUUACACAAUUUAUACCAGACUUAACAAAUGUUUCUGGCGUACUCGUAAUACCGUACAUGCAAGUAAUUUUAAUGUUAACAUCUGAUUUGGAUGGUCAAGACGAGAGAGAUAGAGCGUGCGUAGAACGUUUAAUUCAUAUGUUGGUAAAAGAAUUAGAAAUGGAUAAACCAGAUACAAAUAAUAUUUGUCAACGUACCAAUAAAAAAGAAGUGCACUUGGUUAUCAUGCGAUUACUCAGUGUUUUAAUGUCUCGCUCCAAGUAUAAUACUAAAUCUCCAUCGGAAAAUCCAAAUUUUGUUUCACAAACGGUUGCCGUAAUACUUAGCAAAGCAGGUGUUAUAGAUUAUUGUCUGACAUUAUUAAAGGCAUUAUUAGAAUAUUGGAAAACAACGUCUAGCGAAGAAACCGGAAACAUGAUUGGUGGCUUAUUACUUAAAGAGCAUUUAACGAGCUCACCACCCGAUAUGUCGCCAUUCUUUUUGCGACAGUAUGUAAAAGGACAUGCUGGAGAUGUAUUCGAGCCGUAUCCUCAAUUAUUGACAGAAAUGGUUUUGCGUUUACCAUAUCAAGUGCAUAAAUAUUCUGAAAGUAAUGCAGUUCAGCCAGCAUUUGAUCAACCCUGGUACUUAUACUUAUGCGAAUAUAUGAUGCUCUAUCAAACACCAUUUGUGAGAAGGCAAGUACGCAAAUUGUUAUUAUUCAUCUGCGGUAACAAAGAAAAAUACAGACAAUUGCGUGACUUACAUGCUCUUAUUUCUCAUAUUCAGGCAGUACAACAAUGUUGUACUACUGGAGGAUACGAUCCCCAACAAUUACAUCCUCAUUCUAUUAAUCUUUCUUAUGAUUCAUUAGUAGAAUUAAUCGAACAUUUGAAAUAUUGUGUAGAAAUAGCAAGUAGCCGUACUGGUAAUUGGCAAAGAUUUUGCUUGAAUGAAAAUACCGUUUUAGCUUAUCUUUUCUCUGUCUCUACUCUUUUGGACGAAGGUGUAAGUUCUACGGUACUUCAAUUAUUGCAAUGUGCUAUAUGUUCGAAUAAUAAAUCAAAGGAAACAAAAGAUGUUAAAACAAAGGAUGCUAAAUCAUCGAACGCCAAAGAACGCCGCGAUCGAGAAAAAUCAGAAGAUUCUGAUACGGAAGCAAAGUUUGAAGAAGCGCAAUGUCUUACUUUGGUAGAACAAAUUCAGAAACAAGUUUCUCCUGCAUUACUGACAAAGUUUAUACAAACAUUUUUAUUGGAAACUAAUAAUACGAAUGUUCGUUGGCAAGCACACUCACUGAUAUUGGCUAUUUACAAAAAUUGUGGCCCAGUCGAUCAAGAACGCUUAUUAGAUAUUCUUUGGCGUUUAUGGCCUUUGCUUCCAGCUUAUGGACGUAAAGCUGCACAAUUUGUCGAUCUGUUAGGAUAUUUCUCUUUGAAAACUCCUCAUACUGGAAAAAAGAUGUAUUCGUACAUGGAACAAGCAGUUACAGUUUUACGUGCGCAAAAUCAAUUACUUGCUCAACAUCCAAAUGCAAAUCUUUAUGCUAAUUUAGCUCAGUACGUAGAACUGGAUGGUUAUUAUUUGGAAAGUGAACCAUGUCUUGUGUGCAAUAAUCCAGAAGUGUCGAUGGCCACAAUCAAACUGUCCUCGAUUAAGGUUGAUUCUAAAUUCACAACUACAACUCAAAUAGUUAAAUUGAUCGGUAGCCACACCAUAAGUAGAAUAACUUUACGCAUCGGUGAUUUGAAAAGAACAAAGAUGGUGCGUACUAUUAACGUUUACUACAAUAAUCGAUCUGUACAAGCAGUGGUCGAAUUGAAAAAUAAGCACGCGAUGUGGCACAAGGCUAAGCAAAUCUCAUUAUCGCAAGGACAAACGGAAAUCAAAAUGGAAUUCCCAUUGCCAAUAGUGGCUUGUAAUUUGAUGAUCGAGUAUGCCGACUUUUACGAAAAUAUUCAAGCCUCUUCGGAAACUCUACAAUGUCCAAGGUGUUCCGCUAGCGUACCUGCAAAUCCAGGUGUUUGUGCUAAUUGCGGAGAAAACGUUUUUCAAUGUCACAAAUGUCGAGCCAUUAAUUAUGACGAAAAAGAUCCAUUUUUGUGUCAUUCCUGUGGUUUUUGUAAAUAUGCUAAAUUCGAUUAUACUUUAACUGCUCGUCCUUGUUGUGCCGUUGAUCCGAUAGAAAAUGACGAUGACAGGAAAAAAGCAGCAGUGAGCAUUAACACUUUAUUAGAAAAAGCUGAUAGAGUUUAUAAAACUCUGAUAUCUCACAAGCCCACUUUGGAAAUGUUGCUCGUUAAAAUAUCAGAACAUAGAUUAGAUCGAGGAUUGGAAGAAGGAGUUCAAAUAUCUGGCAAUACCCAAGUUAAUCGUGCUAUCCAAUUAUUAGCUCAAAGAUAUUGCGGAGAAUGUAAAACUUCCUUUGAAGAAUUGAGUAAGAUCAUACAAAAGGUUUUAGCUUGUCGCCGAGAAUUAGUUGCAUAUGACAGAAAUCAACGUGGACAAAAUCCAUCGACGAUUGCGUACAUGAGAAACGAGACUAGCGUGAAAAACGAUACGUUUGUUCCACCACCCGGACGAUGUUAUGGUUGUGCCUCAGCUGCGACCGAACAUUGUUUAACAUUGUUACGUGCUUUAGCCACCAAUAGCAUUGCCAGAGAUGUAUUGUGUAGACAAGGAUUGAUUCAAGAACUCGUAGAACAUAAUUUACGUAAGGGAACGGUACAAAUGCAAGAAGAAGUCAGGCAAUUACUCUGUCUCGUUACCAGAGACAAUGCGCAAUCUACCAAAGAAUUAUGUUCUCUUCUAACUGGACGAAUUACUUUAACCCUGCGAGGAAGAGUCGCAACAUCCGAUCUUUCUAUCGCAGUACGACACGAAAUGGCAUUACUUGCUGCUCUCGUUCAAAAACAGGAUUCAUGUUGGGAACAAAAGUUACGGUGCGUUAUGCAACUAUUUUUAAUGGCGUGCAAGGAAUCAAAGAGUCCCGUAGUCAUGGAUAGUAUUAUAUUGCCGUGUUUGAAAAUUUUACAAAGUCUUAUCAAACCCGAGCAACCGGUUUCAAAGAAAAAUAAGGAUAAAACUAUUGAAUCAGUUGCAACUAUACAACCACCGGAAGGUGUUAGUAUUGACGUAGAAAAAUGGCUUAAUGGUGAUGCCAAGCAUUCUUAUACCGAAUGGCUUCAACGAAUGCCAGCGAAGAAAACUGAAUCAGCACCAAGUAAACCUUUGAAAAAGGGUGAAACUCGUAUAUUAUAUCUUAUGGAGAAAUAUGGUCACAGGUGGCAAUAUCGAUGCAUGAGGCAUCAUGGAAUGCAACAACUCAAAUUAGCGGACGGUGCAUGGUUGAAAGAAGUUCUUUUCAAUCCUAGUUCACGAUUGGCACGACAAGUCGCUUGUAAUAUGGUCGAAAGUCUUUGCCAAGGAACCGAAAGGAAAAAAGAAAUUCUUGUAUUACUGACAUGUUAUCUCGAAGAAAUGCGCACAGCUGGAGAAAGUAGUACAGAAUUUCUCGCGUUGUACGAAAGUCUUAUUAGACAACCACCUUGGAAACAAUUCUUGGCUGUUCGCGGUGUGAUGACUUUACUGGCUGCAUUAUUAACUAGAGAAAUAGAAGAAUUGCACAGAUUGGAAGAAAUGACGUUGACCAGCGACUUAGCUCAAGGAUACUCUUUAAAAAUGUUAACAGAAUUACUAGCAACUUUCUUAGAACAGGAAAAUAUAAAACAACAAUAUAAAGGAAGACUCGUAGGUGCAGUUUUGAAUGGUUACUUAUCGUUGAGAAGACUCGUCGUACAGAGAACCAGACUUAUCGAUGAGACGCAAGAAAAAUUAUUAGAACUUUUAGAAGAAAUGACUACUGGAACGGAGGAAGAAACGAAAGCGUUUAUGGCCGUCUGCGUUGAAACUGUUCAAAAGUAUAGUCCUCAAGAUGUACGUACGCCAGUAUUUAUAUUCGAAAGACUUUGUUCCAUUAUUUAUCCAGAAGACAAUGAUGUCGGAGAAUUUUUCUUGAUACUUGAGAAAGAUCCUCAACAGGAAGAUUUUUUGCAAGGUAGAAUGUUGGGCAAUCCAUACAGUAGUUUGGAACCUGGUUUAGGUCCAUUAAUGCGAGACGUUAAAAACAAAAUCUGUCAGGAUUGCGAAUUGGUAGCUUUAUUGGAAGACGAUAAUGGAAUGGAACUACUUGUUAACAAUAAGAUUAUUAGUUUAGAUCUUCAAGUCAAAGAAGUGUAUAAAAAAGUCUGGCUAGUGGAAGGAGGUGAAUCUGAUCCAAUGCGCGUUGUAUAUAGAAUGCGAGGACUUCUAGGUGAUGCGACUGAAGAAUUUGUUGAAACUUUAAAUGCCAAUAGCGAACAAGAGGUUAACAAUGAAGAAGUAUAUAAAAUGGCAAAUGUAUUAGCCGAUUGCGGAGGUUUGCAUGUUAUGUUGAACCGAUUGGCGGCUAUACAAGAUGUUACCAGAGCUGGGCCGCUUCUUCAAGUUCUUUUGAAAUUAUUUAGAUUAUGCGUUAAAGUGAAAAAGAAUCAAGAUGUAUUAAGUAAACCAGAAUUAGGAGCAGUUACCGUUCUAUUAGAUGUUCUGCAACGUUGCUUGGCUACCGAGUCCGAUAAUUCGCAAUCUAAAGUGACGGAACAACUUUUGGAUAUUAUGGAAACAAUUUUAGCUAAUGCAGCUUCUCAGCCUCUCAGUACAUUCGAAGCUUUCUCACGUACACUCGGAGGCCCAGAACAUAUUAAAGCGCUUCUUUCUUGCACGCAAUCUGCAGCAGUGAGACAAAGUAGUAACGUCCUGGCGCAUCUCGCUAGGGUACUCGCAGCUCUCACUUACGGCGAUCAAGAUAAAAUGGCUUUACUUUGUGAUUACUUCAAACCAGUUCUCAAUUUUUAUAAAUUUGACUUUGAACACACGCCAGAAGAUGAACAAAAGUUGGAACUAUUUUGUAUCCUCACGCAGGGUAUUGAACGCAAUGCUAUAGGAAAUACAUUGAAAGACUAUAUUAUUAAUAUGGGUAUAGUAAAGGAUGCCUUUGAAUAUAUAACUGUACAAGCGCCAUGUGUUAAGCCAACUUUGCUUCGCACGGAUAGUGAUGAAUUAAAAGAUUUUAUUUCUAAGCCGGCACUUAAAUAUAUUUUACGAUUUCUCACUGGUCUAGCGACAGAUCACGAACCAACUCAAUUGGCUGCUUCACAAGUUACCAUUAGUAUAAUUCAUAGAUUGGAACAAGUAUCUUCGGACGAACACGUUGGUUCAUUGGCAGAAAAUUUACUCGAAGCACUUUGUACUAAUAAACGAGUUGCCCAAUUAAUUGAAGAAGCUAGGCAACAUACGCGCAGCGAAAAGAAACGUUUAGCCAUGGCAAUGCGAGAAAGACAAUUAGGAGCGCUUGGUAUGCAAACUAAUGAUAAGGGUCAAGUAACAGCAAGUGGAACGAUUCUUCAACAAAUGGAAGACUUGGGAGACGAAAGUGGAUUGGUUUGCGUUAUUUGUCGCGAGGGUUAUAAAUUUAAGCCCAAUAUGGUAUUAGGUAUUUACACAUUUACAAAACGAUGCAACGUUGAGGAAUUUGAAACGAAACAGAGAAAGACUGUAGGAUAUACCACGGUAACUCAUUUUAACGUGGUACACGUAGACUGCCAUAUGUCAGCCGUUCGUUUAGCACGCGCCAGAGAUGAAUGGGAGAGUGCAGCUUUGCAAAAUGCUAAUACCAAAUGUAAUGGACUUCUUCCGUUGUGGGGUCCGCAAGUACCAGAAUCGGCAUUUGCCAGUUGCUUAGCAAGACACAAUACAUAUCUACAGGAGUGUACUAGCCAUCGUGAUAUAUCCUAUCCAUCCACAAUUCAUGAUUUAAAAUUAUUAUUAUUACGUUUUGCGCAAGAAAAAAGUUUCCACGAGGAUACCGGGGGUGGUGGUCCCCAAUCUAACAUGCAUAUGGUGCCAUAUUUAAUACACAUGGCAUUAUAUGUGAUUAAUACGACACGCACGGCUAGCAGAGAAGAUAAAGCUCUAGUUACUUAUUUGGAAUCUCCAACUAGUGCAACGUGGCUAGAAAAUUGCUACGAAGCAGACGGUCCAUUAUAUCAGUGCACGCUUGCAGUACUUUUACUUACUCCUAAUCGCUGGAACAAAUAUAAAGUUGCAUUUUUCAACAGAUUUAUCGUACUUGCUCAUCAACGUCACGAAUCACCAUCUGUCGUAACGAAAAAUAUUUUCAACACAACAGUCAAAGAAUAUAAUGUUUAUAAAAGUACUCUGAUAUUCUUAGGUCUCAUCGAUUGUAUCUACACUAAUUUCUUCGGGAAAAUAAAUGUGCUCUAUGAUGAAAAGUGGCCUUCGAUCUUAGCUGAAUAUAUUAGGCAUAAUGACGAAGCCAUGCUAAAAGCCUCGGAACGAGUUCUUGCAACAUAUCGCGAUGAAUUGUUGCCUUGCUCAUCAUUGGAAGAAUUUUGUGACGUUUUAGGAUUACUUGGGGAAGUGUCAAACCCUUCAACUCACAUAACUGAACUACUUCGACGUUUCGCCUGAAAACA